AUGACCACGCGAGUCGAGCAAUCUUCAGGUAGUGGCCGUCGGCUUCGCACCCGAACAGGCUGUUUGACAUGCCGCGAUCGCAGGAAGAAAUGUGACGAGCGCUGGCCCAUAUGUUCUGGCUGUGAUCGGAACCUCCUUCGUUGCUGCUGGCGACACCGGGCAAGAUCACCAGAUUCGGGAAGAAGACAACAUGUUUCGGAUUCUUCCUCGCGACAGGUCUCUCGUGAGCCGAGACCCCGCUUACCAGAGCAGCAGCACAAAUUGGUCGUAGCAUCGACGACGAAUUGGACCGCAAAGCGUCCAGAGUUACUGCCGUUGACUCUGGUCACUGCACAAACUCCUGGCUUGAGGACCGCCCUGGACCACAGCCUUUUCGCAUAUAGCAUCGACAAGUUGCUGCCCCUCAUGGCCAGACCAUACGUACAUCCAGACUAUGAACGAUUCUCCUCUCACCUGACUGUUGCACUACACGAGCCUAUUGUCAUGGACGUGCUGCUUGCUUCUGCCGCCAUACACCUCUCUGCGGGGCAGUCAGACAAGCAGGUCCAGGCAUUAAAAUACUACAGCUCGGCCGUCCGAAUGCUACGUCAGAAGAUCGAUCAUUCAGAGAUCGAUGGGACAGAGGACUGGUUGGUCUUAGUGGCGGUGAUUUUUUGUCUGUUUGAGCGUUGGAAUACUUUUAGCCACCUCCAAGCCAGCUCACACCUUCUCGGAGCGUUUCAGAUUCUCAAAUUACGCCUCGCCAACGGGAAGGACGACCGCCGAGACGAUGAUCUCAUAUUUGAUCGUUGCUUAGCGGAGAGUGUCAUAUAUCACCUUUCGAUCCUUCCGCUCUUUGAAGGAGCGCAAUUGACGGAAUCAGUUGAAGGUUGGCAGCAGCUGACGCAACCUCUCAACAAGAGGGCAUUUCCUGAUCUUCCUCAGUGGGCCAAUUCGCCGCUGCUCGGUGGCCGACCGUCCCUGUUUCGUCUCAUUUUUGACAUAUCUCGACUUCGCCACGGUUCUCAUACCAAGGAAGAUAUACGCCUACUGACGUGGAGGCUCUCUGACGAGGACAAUCUCAUUCGCACAAGGGCUCUCACGGCUUGGAAUCACGACAGCAAAGACGUCUGUUAUCGUGAGCUUCGGUUGUUUUCAACUGCCGCCAAAGUUCUGCUUCUAAAGUUGACCCAACCGGAUCUCUCAGCACAGCACUCUUCGAUUCAGAGCCUGGUCGAUGAAGCUUUGGGUCAGUUGACCUCUUGGACUACUGCUGGCCGCUUCGACCAAUACUUCUGUUGGCCUCUUUUGGUGAUCGGCUGUGCGGUCACGCAACCUGAGCAUAUCGAGGUCAUUCAGAGGAAACUCGUCGAGAUCUGGCGCUGCUCGCGUUGCGGAGACGCUUGGAGGGUCCGGACAGUACUGGAACACGCCUGGGCCCGAAAUAGAGAAGUCGUGACAGAGGGGGGUCUCGACGAGGCGGAAACGACGGAUGAUCCCUCAUUCUCUGCAUUUGAUGUAUUGCUCGCUCAAGAAGGAGUGUUCAGCUUGUCCUUCUUGUAG